UCGUUCUGUACUGUCUGAUGUCUCGUUCUGUACUGUCUGAUGUCUGUCUUUUUGUACUGUGUGUCUGUAGGAGGAAGACGAGGUGCCUGAUGAUGAGACUCUGAACCAGAUGAUCGCCCGUAAUGAGGAUGAGUUUGAGCUGUUCAUGAGUAUGGACCUGGACCGGCGGCGGGAGGACGCCAGGAACCCUAAAAGGAAGCCACGUCUGAUGGAGGAGGAUGAGCUGCCAUCUUGGAUCGUCAAGGAUGACGCAGAGGUGGAGCGGCUCACUUGCGAGGAAGAGGAGGAGAAGAUCUUCGGCCGAGGAUCACGCAGGAGAGGCGACGUUGACUACAGCGACGCCCUGACAGAGAAACAGUGGCUCAGGGCAGUAGAGGAUGGUAACCUGGAGGAAAUGGAGGAAGAGAUCCGUCUGAAGAAGUCGAGGAAGAGGAGGAGACGAGGGGAGAAGGACGGAGGGAGGGAAGAGGGAGGAGAGAAGGCAAAGAAGAGGCGUGGACGUCCCCCUGCCGAGAAGCUGUCCCCCAACCCCCCCAAACUCACCAAACAGAUGAAUGCCAUCAUCGAUACCGUCAUCAACUACAGAGACAGGUCUAACAGACAGCUGUCAGAGGUGUUUGUCCAGCUGCCGUCCAGGAAAGAGCUGCCAGAGUACUACGAGCUGAUCAGAAAACCUGUUGACUUCAAGAAAAUCAAGGAGCGUGUGCGGAGCCACAAGUUCAGGAGUGUGUCUGACUUGGAGAAGGAUGUGAUGCUGCUCUGUCACAAUGCUCAGACUUUUAACCUGGAGGGGUCACAGAUCUAUGAGGACUCCAUCGUGCUCCAGUCUGUGUUUAAGAGUGCCAGACAGAGAAUCGUGAAGGAGGAGGAGAGUGAAGAGGACAGCGAUGAUGACGAUGACGAUGAUGAUGAUGAUGAGGAAGAGUCGGAGGCAGAGUCUAAUUCAAUGAGGGUGAAGAUAAUGCUAGGUAAGGAGUGUGGCGGUAGCAGCAUCGGAGCCCGUCACCAUAACAAGGACAAAGGCAAGAAGAGACUGAGUCGCUCCAAGGCCAAACCCGUCGUCAGUGAUGAUGACAGCGACGAAGAUCAGGAUGACAACAAUCAGUCUGAGGAGAGCAGAAGUGAAGAUGAGUGAAGAAGAGGAAGGCUGAUCCUUUGGACUUAACAAGAAAAUCCUUUCUUUUAUUUUCUACAGUAAUGCACUUCUUCAAUCAUUUUGGUUUUGUUUGUUCUUUCUACUAUAUGGAUGUUUUCUGUCAGAGCUGUCCCCACCAUAGUGAUGGCAUGUGACUAUGUUAUUAGUACAGUACAGACAGGAUGACAUACAGACAGGGUUUUCUAUGGCAAUAUUCUUAUUAGUUUACCCUACAGGAAUAUUUUAAAGAUCAAACGUUGUGGAGAAUCUAUAUUUUAAGCGUGUUUGUACAUUUUAUAUAUUUAUGCUUUAAUUCAAUGGGAUUAAAACAAUUUCAGAAUCAACAACA